UGGAUAAGAUGGUCAAGUUCAUGGAGUUUGAAGCAAAUGAAAUUGAACAAAAUAUUGACACUCAAUCAGAAGAUGAAUAUAAUAAUAAAAAAAACGAAAUUAUACUCAAAGGAAAAAUGGAGAUUAAUCAAUUAUACAACAAAAAGACAAAACUUAUGAAAAGAACAACAGCGACAAUGAUAACCACGUUAAUGACUAAUGCCAAGUUAGAAAUAUUGAAUAUUAGAGAUAAAUUCAUUAAAUGUGUGUUAGCCGACGUAAACAAAGAACUGUUAAAAUUGCGUGACCGUAAAUCUUAUUAUACGGAAAUUCUCAAAAAGUUAAUACUUCAAGCAAUGUAUCAAGUUUUAGAGCAAAAAAUAAGCUUAAUUCUGAUAUCAGAUGAUGUAGAAUGCGUGAACUCAAUGAUUCCUGAAUUGAAACAAAUAUAUUUGGCCAACACAGGAACAAACGUUGAAAUAAACAUUGAUAAUAGUAUCAAAUUACCAGCUAAAGAAAUAGGAGGCGUAAUGGUCACUGCAAAAGGUCGAAGGCUACUUGUUGAAAAUACGCUAGUAGUGAGAUUGCUCUAUCUCACCCAACAAGCUAUACCAAUAAUAUGUACUGGACUGUUUGGACCAAAUCCCACUAGAACUUACUUAAGAGAUAAAUAA